GAGGGAAAGAAAGGAACGUUCUAAGUCGAGACUUCGAUGGGAAGCAAAGCACUCGACUUUUGAACAGCACAAAGACCAGUCUCUCCGAUUUGCCUACACACACCCAUCCGAGAAAAAGAGAAUGGCUCUAGAGAUGCGGCAGAGGCGCCCCUACACCUCCGACCCUCCGCCGUCCAUGGCGGCUUCUUCUUCCUAUUCUAAAUCCGAUAAGCCAGGCCGAUCGACCACCACUGAAAGCGAAGACAAAGGACUUGGGUGGUUCUUCCCACUCUUUGCUCUGGGGCUACUCCGCUACAUGAGUGCCACAUCCAACAUCAUCCACGACUGCGAUGAGGUUUUCAAUUAUUGGGAACCUCUCCAUUUCCUUCUCUACAAAUCUGGCUUCCAAACUUGGGAAUACAGUUCCCAGUUUGCGCUUCGGUCAUAUUUAUACAUUGUUCUCCAUGAAUUAGUGGGCAGACCAGCUGCGUGGCUGUUUUCUGAGGAUAAAGUGAGAGUAUUCUUUGCUGUGAGACUUUUCCUUGGUUUUCUAUCUGUUGUUACAGAAACAGUUCUUGUUGUAGCACUCUCUAGGAAGUUUGGGAAGCGCCUUGCCACUUAUACUCUUGCGAUGUUGUGCUUGACCAGUGGUUGUUUCUUUGCUAGCACCAGCUUCUUGCCUAGUUCAUUCUCCAUGUAUGCAGUAUCUUUGUCAUCUGGGUUAUUUCUACUUGAGAAACCUGCUCUAGCGGUUGCUGUUGCUGCUGCUGGUGUAAUUCUUGGCUGGCCAUUUUCAAUCUUGGUUUUCCUUCCAGUCACAGUUUACUCUUUACGCAGAAAAUUCAAAGAGGCGUUUCUUGCAGGGGCACUAACAUCGAUAGCUCUUCUUGUCUUCUCGCUGCUUGUUGACUAUUAUUAUUAUAAAAGGUGGACAUCAUCUGUGCUAAAUUUGCUGAUAUAUAACGUCUUGGGAGGUGGUGAAAGCCACUUGUAUGGAACCGAAGGACCAUUGUUUUAUCUCAGAAAUGGAUUUAACAACUUCAAUGUUUGUUUCGUUCUUGCCUUACUUUUUCUGGGAAUUUUAAAAAUUUCAAGGAAAAAGUAUGUGCCAGACUUGCUCGUGGUGAUCUCACCUAUUUAUAUUUGGCUGGCAUUCAUGUCAUUGCAGCCACACAAGGAGGAAAGAUUCCUUUAUCCAAUAUAUCCUCUUAUUUGUGUUGCUGCUUCAGCCGUCAUCGAGUGCUUUCCAGAUUUUUUCAGAGAUAGAUACAAUUCAUAUGAUAAUUCUGUACUUGUUGUGAUGGCAAAAGUUCUUAGACCCCUUGUUCUUGGCCUUAUUCUUUGCGCAUCCCAUGCUCGUACAUUUUCAUUGAUUAAUGGUUACUCUGCUCCUCUGGAGGUUUACAAGGUCUUGGCUCACCGUGACGAUAUAGCAACAGGUUCCACAAUUUGUGUUGGAAGCGAGUGGCAUCGCUUUCCAUCAUCAUUUUUCAUUCCCGAUUAUGUGCAAGAAGUAAGAUGGAUCAACGAUGGGUUCCGAGGUCUUCUUCCUUUCCCGUUUAAUUCUACCCUGGGAGGGACUGCAGCCGCUCCACCAUACUUCAACAACAAGAAUAUAGCAUCAGAUGAGCAAUAUCUCCAAGAUCUCGAUGCGUGCACUUUCCUUGUUGAGCUUCAACUCGAAAGACCGUAUGCUUCUCGUGGAAGUGACACAUCGAAGUGGGAGGCUGUUGCAGCAUGGCCUUACCUAGACAGGGAGUUCUCACCGCCGUUUUAUCGAUCAUUUUUCAUUCCAUACUUCUGGCAGAAUAAGAAUGCUUUUGGAAUGUACAAGCUGCUUGGGAGAAUAACAAAGUAAUUCACAAUAUCUUAGGAGCUUGGCCUUGGUCAUUCUGUAACUUUGGACACAAAAUUAGCUUAUAAGUGAGUUUGCUGAGAAUUUUCCAUCGUGAUCUUCAUCCCUCACGCCCCCAAAAUUCAGAAAAACAGUGUCACCCAACAAUUAAUUCUUUGGGAUUGUAGAGGUGAUUUAUUGAGCAGUAGAAUUUUGAUUUUUUUUUUAGUCCGGCAAUGUAAGUAGAUUUCGAAUAUCUAACUCUCAAGAUAGAUGUGUAAUAUCUCUAAAUAGUUGAGGUAUACUUAGAUUAGCGUAA